ACAUUUGCCAAUAUUCCACAUUUGGUUUCGUUGUUUUUAUUGAGUGGUCACACGAUGUUGUGCUUGAUUAUUGUUAUAUUGUUCAUCACAACAAAAUGCUCAUGUUCUGCAACCCAUAAAAAUAAUGUAUGCAAAACUUUACAAGACUACAGUUCGAUUAACACCAAUAAGAAUUGCUGGUAUAAUCCCGAUGUUCAUUCAUCGCCGGUUCAAAUCGCUGAGAGACAUGGGUUUUUCAUAGAGGAACAUAAAGUGGUGACGAAGGAUGGAUAUAUCUUGACUUUAUACAGAAUCCCUCUGCGGGAUGGUAACAAACAUCUCAAAGGAAUUCCAGUUUUGAUUCAGCAUGGAAUAGGUGGUUCAGCUAUAUUAUGGAUGUUGUUGGGACAUGAUUCUCUAGCGUUCGUUUUAUCAAGAAACGGAUACGAUGUAUGGCUUCCCACAAUAAGAGGAGGAGUCAAGUCAGAUCAACAUACAACUCUCUCUACCUCCGAUCCAAAUUACUGGGAUUACAGUUUUCAUGAGAUGGCAGUAUAUGAUAUGCCAGCAGUGAUCGAGUACAUAUCAAAGAUAACAAGGCAUAGAAAAAAAAUUAUCUAUAUAGGUCACUCUAUGGGAGCAACAAUAUCAUUCGUUUAUUCGAAUUUGUUGAGGAAACAUGCUACACAACAUCUGGAAGAGAUAAUCGCGCUAUCUCCGGUAAUAUAUACGAAGAAUAUGGAAGGUAUAGCACCGCUUCUGGCACCAUUCAGUAGAAUUUUAAAGAUAUAUCUGAAUAAAGCCGGAAUACACAAAACAGGGUAUGACGCAGCUUUCAACAAUAUUUCCAGUACCUUCUGUGGAACAUAUCCAGGAAUAAUGUUUUGUGAAAUGUUGUUAUCAAUGGCUUGUGGAUUUCCACGAAAAGACUUACUUUCGGAUAUUUACCCCUCAUUCUUCAAUAAUUUUCCAAGAGGUGUAUCGCUGAAAACGCUAAGCCAUUUUGCGCAGUGCAUAGUUUCCGGAAAUAUCCAAAUGUAUGAUUAUGGGAGCGAGAAUAUCUUCAAAUAUAAUUCAACCUCACCUCCACUCUAUGAAAGUGGAAAAAUGUCCCUACCCAUCCAUUUUUUCGUUGGACUCAAAGAUUAUUUGGGAACCAGGAAGGAUGUCGAAAAUUUGCAUAAUGAAAUGAAGAGGAAUGGAGUUUCCACUUCGAUACAUUACUUCGACUAUACCCAUAAUGAAUUUUUUCUAGGAAAAAACCUAGAAGGAUUUUAUGGAACACUGCUGAAAGUCAUGAACGGUAUUUCGAAAACUUGAAUGAAUAAUGAUGAUGAGGAAUAUAAGAGGAUUCGAUAAAAACCUGUUAACAAUAUUCAAAAUAGACGAUCUACAUGGUAGGUGUUGAGUAGGUGUUAUUCUGUUAUUGUGUUGUAUUAGAAAUAAAAUGACUUCAUCAUUUCAA